AUGGAAAGAGUGUGGCAGAAGCUUAAAGUAGUCAAGCAAGAACUGAAGAAGAUGCAUACAGAGGAGUUCAAAAAGGUUAGAGAGACAGUUCAAACAAUUAGAAGGCAGCUUCAGGAGACACAAGAGAAAAUGCAGGAUCCAAAUCAUCAAACAGAUUUAUUUGAUAUUGAGAAGAAGCUAAGAGGUAACCUGGAGAAAUGGGGAAUGAUAAAGGAGGGCAUUAUGAGACAGAAAUCAAGAACAAAAUGGUUGAAGCUUGGGGAUUCUAAUAGUGCAUAUUUCUAUACUUGUAUGAAGAAUAAAACCUCUAUGAAUAAUAUCAAAGCCCUUGUGAAUCAGGAUGGUAAGCUGUUGCAGAAUGAUCAAGAGGUGAAGGAGGAAGUUGUGGGAUUCUAUAAAAAACUACUAGGGAAUGCUGCUGAACAAAUGCCAAUGAUCAAUCCAACAAUAAUGAUAAAUGGAACAAUACUAACAAGAGAUAAACAAUUGAAGCUAAUAGAGCCAAUUACCACAGAUGAGAUCUGUAAUGCAAUGAAGAAUAUUGAUGACAACAAAGCCCCAGGAUGUGAUGGUUUCAAUGCUUGUUUCUUUAAGAAAGUAAUUAUAAAGGUGCUCACUACAAGGUUGCAGAUGGUUAUGGACAGCCUCAUUGAUGUAAGUCAGGCUGCAUUGUACCAGGGCUAUGGAAGGAAGGGCAUUACUCCAAGAUGUAUGAUCACGCUAGAUAAGCAAAAGUCUUAUGAUUUAUUGGAGUGGGGUUUCAUAAAGCAGAUCUUGAUAACAAUGAAUUUCCCUGCCAGAUUUUUGCAGUGGAUCAUGAAAUAUCUUUCUACUGUCUCAUAUUCUAUCCAGAUAAACGCUAGGCCUACUUGUCCUUUCCCAGCAAGAAAAGGGCUAAGACAAGGGGAUCCACUAUCUCCGUUCUUGUCUGUCUUAGCUAUGGAUUAUCUAAGUAGGCUACUCAGAACUUUGAAGAAUCAGCCAGAUUUUAAUUACCAUCCAAGAUGUGAGAAGCUGCAAAUUAUUCAGUUGGGGUUUGCUGAUGAUCUGUUGUUAUUCUGCAGGGGUGAUUGUUAG